AUGGCUAAGAAGCGCACCAACGUUAUUCCCAUCAUCGAGGACGCUCGUCAUCCUUUGAAGUAUCGCAUGCUCGUGGGCAUGGUUGAUGUUGUCUUUGCGGAUGUAGCACAGCCUGAUCAAGCGAGAAUCGUUGGGCUUAAUUGCCAUCUUUUCUUGAAGGAGAAGGGGGGUGUCUUGGUUUCUGUCAAAGCAAACUGCAUCGAUUCAACAGCAGCCGCAGAGGCUGUGUUUGCUAGGGAGGUUCAGAAGAUGAGAGAAGAGAGGAUUAAGCCUUUGGAACAACUGACAUUGGAACCAUUUGAGAGGGACCACUGUAUGGUUGUUGGUCGUUACUUACGUUCCCAAUCUUAAAUAUCUUGUACAGUAAGGUGGCAUGAAGUUCACAUCUUUGUCUGAUCUUAGACAUGGAUAGAGCAGUUAGAUAGAUGGAAUGCAAGAGGCAAGAAAGCCGAAAAAACUAGCCCAGUGGAAAUGUAUGGCGGAGAAGCCAUAGCGGUUGUAUUGUAUAUGCCCUCCAGGGUUCAAUUUCCUUUUCUUUGCGCCUUGUCUAUUUCUCGAUAUUUCCUUUCUCUCUUGUCUUUUAGGUAGUUCCUUCGAAAAAAAGGGGUUCUCGUCCUUGUUUCUACUGUACUUGAUAACUCGGCAUGAAAAAUCAA